GGAGAUGCGGGGUAAAGGUAUCAAAAUAUGAUCUAGUACCUGUCGGGAUGCUUUUUAAAGAUUGUUUACAACAGCAAUGAACUUAUUGAAGAAAUUGCCAUUUAAAUGCAGUGUUAGUUCUGUGCAAGGAAAGGAUGUAAAGCUAUACGGGAAGCAAAACAUGUUCGACUCUGUGGCGGAAACCUCGUGGAAUUCAAAUGAAGGCACUCCCCAAUGGAUUAUAAUACGUUUUGAGGAACCACAGGCGAUCAGCAAAUUUUCAUUCCAGUUUCAGGGAGGUUUCGUAGCGAAAACGCUGCUAAUCCACGUGGAAACGGAAGACGGUAAACAAAUUUUGGAGGAGGCAUUCUAUCCAGAAGAUAUAAAUUCCAUUCAAACAUUUAUAUUAAAUCGGCCUAUAAAGAACAAAGAAGCGGCAAAAAUUAAGUUUUUAUUUCCUUCAAGUACAGACUUUUUUGGUAGAAUAAUACUAUAUGAACUUGAAAUUUUCGAAUAAAGAGACGGAUUUUAGUCAACUACAUAUAAAGGUAUUCCCCUUUCUUCAUACUGAUGACCAAAAAGUGUCUAAAAGCAUAUCAGCAUUUAUUAAGUUAUAUACAAAGGAGCAUUAUUGCUCCGUCACAAGCAACUUUUAUAACAGAUUAUGAAACAGGAUUGAGAAGCGCAAUUUAAAAAAGGUUCCCUGAUUCAAAAAUAUUUGGUUGCUGGUUCCAUUAUUGCCAGGCAUUGCGUCGAUUCAUAACCAUGAAGGACAAAAGGCUCGCUCAAUAUAUUCGGCAAAAUAAAGAAGCGUCUAAAAUUUAUCACAAAUUUCUAUCUCUUCCAUUAUUACCUGGAAUGUACGUUUCGUAGAUAAAAAACACACGUCGAAUAAUAUGAAUAAUCAAAGCAGAGAAAUAAUAAAUAAAAAUCGUAUGCAAGCUUGCAGAAGGCUUCUUAAUGGAAUGGAUAUUACGAAAUUUGAUAGAGUAGAGAACGCCUAUUAGUAACAACGUUUGGAUUCGCAAAUGGAUUAAGUACAGAUCAAUUGUUCUUAUUAUUAAGAUGGAAACCGUUUCGGAAGGACCAUCAGAUUAAAAUUAUCGACCUUUAUAAAUGGCUUGAAGAUCCAGUGCAUGGUAGACGGUAUUAUAGUUUUAACAUGGCAUUGGGAUUAGUUGUAUUUUGUAAUAGUGAUAUUAGAAAACAUGGAACACGAAUUCCAAUUUCCUACUAAAAAUAUAAUAAAACACAUAUGUACAUACGUAA